ACUGUGUUUUCCUUCCCACUUCCGUCCAGCGUCAAGGCUCUUGUUGAAAAUCGUUCAAUUACAUCAAACAUUUUGUUCGUUUCGUAACAUUCAUGCAACUUUGAACGUGUUCGCCACCAAAAGGAGUAUUUCGGCUCUGAAGUGACUGUCAAGACCGGCUGCUGAUCGCGUAAUCCUGCUCGAUGUGUGUUGUCUUCACGCCCGACUGAGAUGAAGCAUCAGAAGAGCGAGUAGGACGGCGUAAAAAAAAGCACUAAAGAUGGGUGAAGUGACUCGAGCUGCUGAUGACGGAGCGAAGCAAUCCUCCCUUCCAGAACCGCUGCUCAUCAUCCUGGCCCCGCCUCCACCUUUCCUCCCAUUGGCGGACGACCAGAGCACUUUUUGGCACAAGUGGCUCAAAGCCUUCGAGCGCUACCUGAAGGCGCUCGGCGAAGAGCAGCUGACCGACUCCAGUAAAUGCGCACUUUUACAGAACUGCCUCGGCCAAGACGGUCAGCACGUCUUCUCGGCGCUGGUCCCGCAGGACGCCUCGUACGCGGCGGCCAUCGCGGCGCUGACCGCCUACUUCAACGGCGAUCUCGGCUCUCAGGCGAGCUUGCUCCGCUUCCAUCAGAGAGCCCAGAUCGCCGACGAGAGCGUGGAGCAGUUUGUGUGCGCCUUGGAGGCUCUGCUGGCACCUUUCGACUGCGGCGCCUCGCACGAUGAGCUGAUCCUGAGUCAGCUAAUUGAAAAAACCAAGUGGCCGAAACUCAGAGAGCGGCUGCGCUCGCAAAGGGAAACGCUGACGUUGGCCGCGGCUUUGCAGAUCGCUAAAGCGAUGGAGUCUGCCAUGAAUAAUCAUGACGAGGAUGUGAAGCCUCUGGUCCAACUACGUAAAAGCGGAAGACAUCGGAAGGUCAAAUCUGAGCCCGACGACAGCGGCUCUUCGUCGCGUGUCAUAAAGCAAGAGGAAAGCUCAGAUGAAGCAAACGACGACGAAGACCCGGCUCCCAAAAGACGUCGUACAUGUCCGGUGUGCAUGGACAGACACUUCCCCAACAUGCACAAGCUGGCCCGACACAUGAGGACGCACACCAACGAGAAACCCUUCAGCUGCCCCGUCUGCGGCACGCUCUUCAGCCAGUCCUACCACAUGACCCGGCACAUGCGGGUGCAGCACAACGCCGCCCAGCACGUGUGCCCCGUGUGCUGCGACAGCUUCAAGAGCAUGGAAGAACUGAAGAACCACAAGAGGGCGCACGUCCCGCAGGUCCUUCUGUGUCCUUACUGUCCCGAGAGGUUCCCGGACGACGACGCCUUUUUAAGCCACGUCGAAACCCACGCGGCGAACAAGCGGGAAGGCGACACGCCCGUAGAAGCGAUGGCGUCUUCUAAAGAGGACGUCGAGGAAAAGGACAAAAUUGAGCCGGCCGUUUGGAGGGAGACGUCUUCUCUUGCCUGCAAGAAGAGCCACGUGUGUUCCAUGUGCAACUCCAGCUUCAACCGGGCCGGCAAGCUCGCCCGACACUAUCGGACGCACACCAAGGAGAAACCCUUCCGGUGUCCCGUCUGCUCGCUCAGCUUCAGCGAGUCGUACCACAUGACCCGGCACCAGCGGCAGAAGCACGGGCUGCGGCCGUACACCUGCGCCAAGUGCGGCAAGACCAUGGGCACCUGGCAGGAGCUGAAAAAGCACCGCACGACUCACUCGGCUAAAAGACUGACGUGUCCCGCCUGCAAGGAGUGCUUCAAAAACAAAGCCCUCUUGGAGAGUCACCUCAAGUCCCACACGGAGAUCCCGUCAGACCCGCACUCGCUCAUCUGCACCGAGUGCGGGAAAGUGUUUGGCCGCAUGUACCACCUGAAGAGGCACAUCAUGGCGCAUCGCAAGGCGGGCAACGGCGAAUGCUACACCUGCGCCGAGUGUCACAGGAGCUACGCCUUUGCGGAGGACCUCAAAAAACACCUGCGGAAGCACGCCAAGGAGAACAGCGGAACGUGUCCGAGAUGCGACCAGAAGUUCGGCAGCCGGGAGGAGCUGGAGGCGCACAUGGCGGCUCAUAAGACCAGCUACCUGUGCAGCGUCUGCGGGAAGAAGUUCAAGGUGGAGUACGCCCUGAAGAAGCACGAGCAGAAGCACAAAGAGGCGCACUUUUAUUGCACCUUGUGCGACAAGAAUUUCAGCAAGCUGUCGCACUACAAGCGGCACGAGGCGGUGCACGACCGGCGCGAAUGCAAAUGUCCGCACUGCGACUGCAUCUUUCUCAAGCUCACGGCCCUGAAGUAUCACCUCCAGACGCACACCGAGGAGAGACCCCACCAGUGCACCUGGUGCGUGGAGACCUUCGAGGACAAGGAGAGCCUGGAGCUCCACUGCCUCAAGCACAGGAAGUUCCGGAAAGAGCGCCCGUACCACUGCACCCGCUGCGACCACGCCUUCGCCACGCUGGCGGAGCUCACCGAGCACAUGGGCGACCACGGCGGGCAGCCGCCGCUCAACUGCGAGAUCUGCGGCCGCACCUUCCUCAACCGCAGCAAGCUAGAGAGGCACCUGAGCAUCCACACGGGCGAGCGGCCGCACCUGUGCGCGCACUGCGGCAACGGCUUCCCGUCGGCCGCCGGCCUCAAGCAGCACGUGCACAUCCACACGGGCGAGAAGCCCUUCUCGUGUCCGCAGUGCGCCAAGUCCUUCAGCUCAGCCAGCGGGCUGCGGCUGCACAGCCGGAAGCACACGGAAGCCCCCCGCAGGUUCGAGUGCCCCGACUGCGGUCGGACGUACGGACGCAUGACGGAGCUGAAGAUGCACCAGCGCUACCACAUGGGGGACAAGCCUUUCUCCUGCACGUACUGCAGCAAAAGCUUCGUCAGCAAACACAAGCUGAUGGUUCACACUCGCGUCCACACGGGCGAGAGGCCGUACUCGUGUCCCCACUGCGGACAGACUUUCACACAGACCGGAGACAGGAACAGACACAUCAAUAAGUUCCACCCGUGAGACGUGACGAGACUUGAGAUGGGAGUUUAAAUCGAUGCUCGCAUGACUUUUCUUUGCCUAAACAAGCAUGCUUGUUCAAUUGUAGAGAAUGUGAGCACGAAUGCUUAUUUUUCUUUGUGCACUGUGAUUGGCUGGUGAGCAAUUCAGGAUCUAUCCCACCUGCCUGUGAUAGACUCUAGCUCACCCCUGACAAAGAUCAGCGGUGGGGAAAAUAGGGGGAACAAAAGUCACUUUUUAAAUCACCACAGGGAUCUAUAUCGUGCCCACACCCCCUGAGAAAGGGGUACAGUGGUACCUCAACUUUGUUUAGAGAUUAGAGCCGUCUCCCGACGAACUGUUAUGCUUGAAGUCGCAAACGAAAAUUUGAGUGACAAGCAUCCCCGCAAUUAGUGGGCAUCACAGAACGAUCCCACCAAAACAUCCGGUUUAUUUACUAUCUUUAUGAUUUAUGGUUCUUCUUUUUCCCCACCUCAGAAAACACACGGCUCUCCAUGUACCACUAUAAUGACCAACCUUAAAAAGCAGUGUAGUAGGCAUAAAUAUUCAUUAUUACAAGGCAGAGGUUUUAUUUAACAAGCAUAUUUAAUAUUUUUGACCACUGUAACGUUACACACAGUUUGAACAGGAACACUGUGUUUGAAUAUAGAAAAAUAAAACACUGUACUUUAAUCAAGUGAGUCUUUGGCGUACCACCGAGAAUCACUGGCUUCGAGCUGAGCGACAUAACUUUGUUUUUCCAAGCGUGUGAAGGACAGUGCUGAGAAAAAUUGGAUGAUAUUCAUUUAAUUAAAUAAAUUAAUCAUCAAAAUCCCCAUACUGAAGCAGGAUGAGUCACGCCCGUCAAGAAUGUUAAAACAAUAUCUGAAUUGCGGACAUUUAUCGGUGAAAAUAUGGAGAAGCUGCUGAUGGUGUGUUUGAUGGAGAAGCAGCUGAAAGGAUAUACCCUUGAAGUCCAUGCUGUACAUUAUUAUUAAAUUAAUUAAUAAAACUACUUACAUAGUAUUGUUUUUAUACAAUAUUUAUUAUCUAAAAGUUAGUUUUUAUUUUUAAAAGGCAUGUUUUGGAUUUUAUUAGAUGUUGAUUUGAGAUACAAGUGUUGUGAGUUAAGAGCGUCGUCACAGAACUGAUUAAGAUCGUGAGUUGAGGUACUGCUGUACUAAUAGAAAUAGGUGGACUCAUUUAGGAGCCUCUACAAUGGAAAUGCAAUAAAAUGCCCAACUGAACUAAAGGUGUAUGAAGAAGAAAUUGUAAACAACUGAGGACUAGAAAGCAUUUGUUGUCAUGAAGAUGGAAAAAAGUUGUUUCUCUCCUGUCUCACAGGGAUUGUUGAGCCCACUUGCUUAAUGGACUGCCUUUCACAAGCAGGAUUAAAGAACAGGCUGGGAAAAAAGGCCGAUAAAAAGUGAACAAACUCGUACUUUUUGGUGGAAAGAAAGCAGAACAAUUGUGCUCACUGAUUACUUUGAUGUUACAAAAAAUGACACGUUUUUCAAAAGUUGAACCCAAAAAUAGCUUUGGUUACUUUUUGAUUUAUCAUUUUAUUACUUGUGUAUUUUUUGCUUCUCUGUGCAAAAAAAAAAAGUGAAAAAAGUCGCGCUGCUUUAACAUCAUGCUAACACUGAUUUUGUUAGUUUCACUUUGUUCCUGUUUCAUCUAUAAACCAGGCUUUUGUACAGCGACAAUUUGGCACAAUGUGGACUUUUUAAUUGUGAAAUGUGAGAAUUAUGAAAGGUAAUUCUAGUGUGAAAAUGAUGCACGUGUUUACAUCUGUCGUUGAACCACAUGUUUAAUAAACUACCAGUUGUAGAGAGAGAGGCUGAUAAUAUGCUUUUUGAAGGCGACUUCAGUUUUGUCGUUUUGCUUAAAAUGUCGUAUGUGUACGAUGCUUGAACUGUGUUUCCACUUUUAAUGCGUGAAAAAAAAAGGCCUCUCCAAUGGUGAGAAAUUUGUUUUUGUACGACCAAAAAAAGAUUUGCAAACCAAAUAGAUUUUUUUUCAAACAAGAAAAAUUGAUAUGUUCUAUUUUUAUCAAAAAAAGAUGAAUUUGUCAUA